GUAAACGACUGAUUGACAGUACGAUCAGUGCAUUCAAACGGUUGGAUAUUUUGGUGAAUAACGCGGGCAGAGGUAUGAGCUGUCCGAUCACUGAUACGGCUAUUCUCGACAAAUACCAGGAAGUGAUGGACACAAACCUGCGUUCAAUCGUCUAUUUAACACAUCUAUCGGUCGAACACUUGGAGAAAACUAAAGGAAAUAUAAUUAAUAUGUCGAGUGUUGCGGGACUUAAACCGCAAUUGGAGGCCCGAUAUAGUGAAAGGGGUGGCAAAUACCCGGUCGGACGGGUCGGUGAGUCCAUAGACAUCGCGAACGCCAUACUCUUCUUGGCCUCAGACGAGGCCUCGUUUGUGACGGGAAUCAACUUUGCGUCCGACGGCGGGGUUCUUCACGCGCCCUAUUAG